AGUGGUUAACGCGCCAACAAUCCGCACUUUCAAUCGGCUUUCAAGUAUUUCUUAUUGUUUGGUGUUUUUUGCUGGUGUCAUUUGCUAUCGAUUUAAUUAAAUUUAAUAGAAAAUUUCGAAAAAAAAAAUUGUGAAUAAUCCAAAAUUGUGAUAAUUUUUGUAGAUAUUUGAAUAAUUGAAUGUAUUGCGUCUCGUCAAAGCGAUUUUAAAAGAAGGACUCGAAUGAUCGAACGGUUAGAAUACAACAUUUUGGAAAGAAUUUUUUUUUUUUGUAUAAAAUUACUUCGGCAAAUUUCGUCGAAAUUAUUAAUGAUUUGUGAUUGAAUUAUUUGGAAUUAAUAAAGAAUCAUAAUAAGAAAGUAUAUACGCAAUCAUUUCACUGUGAAUAAAAAAAUAUUAUCCAAUAUGAUUUUGAAGGCAUAUUUAACUGUAAUUCUAGCCAAUUUGCUAACUGGUGUAAUAUCAUUGGUGCCACAAGCAGAAGAUAAACAAGAGGUUGAUGAAAAGAGCAUCUUAUCGUAUGCACCAGAAUGGGCUCAUCCCGGCUAUGCAUUCAGUUAUGGUGUAAAGGAUUUGCAUACCGGUGAUGUGAAAAGUCAGUGGGAGUCAAGAGAUGAAGGCAUCGUGAAAGGGCAUUAUAGCGUUCUGGAACCAGACGGAUCCAUUCGUAGUGUUCACUAUACGGCAGAUGGUAAAAAUGGAUUUAAUGCGGUUGUUAAGACGCAUGGCGCAAACCAACAUCCAGUGGGUGGUCAUGGCGUUUCACCGGAUGAUACAUCAUCACAAUCAAAAAUCAACCAUUAUAGUGAAAAUCAAGAGCAUAUUGUAUUGAGUUCGGAUUUAAAUCCACAUAAAAAACCAAUCAUCGAUUUGAAUACAGAUGAAAAAGAGGUACCAUCACUAUUUGAAGUAAAACCAGGCGUCGAAAAGUAUCUGAAUAAACAUGAACGACCACGUUGGAGUUCACACACAGAAACUGGCGGAAAUAUCGAACACAUAAGUCAUACUGGUUAUGGUCAUGGAUCACGACCAUCCCUUAGCAUUGGAUGGAAGAUCAACGAUCAUGGUAAUGAACCAUUCCGUACCAAUGAAUUUGAUGAUGAUUUUCAACCAAGUUAUCAACAAAGGCCAGAAACCAUAAAACACACAUCGUCACCGUUUUCGAAAUUCCGCCAUGGCGAAGAAUUUAUUGUGUCUGAAUAUGGUCGGAAUAAUUUGUACGAUUAUCCAAAACGACCUGGUACAAGUUCCAGCAUUGAUUUAGAAUACGAUGCAUUUCCAAGCUAUUACAAUCGACGACCAUUUGGACGUCAAUUAAAAAAUGAUAAUAAAAUCGAUGAAAAUGUAAAAAAAUUCUCGGUGGUUAGUAGUUCAAAAUUGCAACCAGUUUAUGUGAAAAAUCCAACACAAUCCAUUAACACCAACUGUCCAUCAAACAGUAAAAAUUGUCAGAUUCGAAUUCGACCGAAAUCGAAAGCCGAUUACAGCAGCUAUUUUCGACCUACGGCACUCAUUAAACGAAUUACAACCACAACAACGACAGACGAUUCAAACGAUUCCGAACAGCAGACGGCUUCAUCGAGAAUGGUAAAAACGCUAUUGCCACCCAAUCUUGGCUACUACCCAGUUUAUGCAAACACGAACAAAAACUACAUCAGAGUUUAAGCAUUCGAAAAGCAACAUUUUUUUGUUAUCUGUUUUAGUUUUUAGUUUUGUUUUUACAAAAAUGUGUGGAUGGAAAAUUAGCUUGGCUUCUUUUUGUUGAGAAAAUCCAUUUAAAAAAAAAAUAACAACAAACAAAUAUGAUAAACAUUUCUUGUGUCACUAAUUUUAAGAAUAAUUAUUUAUAAAUCAAUUUGUAACAAAAGUUUGAAAUACAAAAAUACGUACGAAGUAGCAAA